AUGGCAGCAGUUGAUAUGCAAAUAAGAUCAGGUGAGUUAUCAGAAGGAACGAAAAAAGAGAACAAUAAAAAUAAUGGGAACAAAAACGAGGAGGAAGUUCAGUCGGGCAUUAAAACGUACUACGAAAUGAAAAUAGAAGAAUAUGAAUCUAUAAUAAAUAAAAAAUUACAAAAUAAAAAAAGAUUAGAAGCACAAAGAAAUGAGUUAAAUACAAGAGUUCGAGAACUGUGUGAUGAAAUUCAAUAUUUACUAGAAGCUGCAUCAUAUGUAGGUGAGAUAGUAAAACCGAUGGGAAAAAAUAAAGUACUUGUAAAAAUUAAUCCUGAGGGUAAAUAUGUUGUUGAUAUUGCUCAUCAUAUUAACAUUUCUCAGUGCACACCAAAUACUAGAGUAGCAUUAUAUAAUGACUCUUAUAAAUUACAUAAAAUAUUACCAAGUAAGGUAGAUCCACUAGUCUCUUUAAUGAAAGUUGAAAAAGUACCUGACUCGACAUAUGAAAUGGUAGGUGGUUUAGAUCAACAAGUAAAAGAAGUAAAAGAAGUGAUUGAAUUACCUGUUAAACAUCCAGAAAUAUUUGAAUCUUUAGGUAUAUCUCAACCCAAAGGUGUUUUAUUAUAUGGUCCUCCAGGUACUGGAAAGACAUUACUAGCUAGAGCUGUUGCUCAUCAUACAGAUUGUACAUUUAUUAGAGUAUCGGGUUCUGAACUUGUUCAGAAAUAUAUUGGAGAGGGUUCACGUAUGGUAAGGGAAUUAUUUGUAAUGGCAAGGGAACAUGCACCAUCCAUAAUUUUUAUGGAUGAAAUAGAUUCCAUUGGUAGUCAGAGGAUUGAAGGAGAGCAUGGUGAUUCAGAAGUACAAAGAACAAUGAUGGAGUUAUUAAAUCAGUUAGAUGGUUUUGAAUCAACUCAAAAUAUUAAAGUUAUUAUGUGCACAAAUCGAAUUGAUAUCCUUGAUGAAGCUUUAUUAAGACCUGGACGAAUUGACAGAAAAAUUGAAUUUCCAAAUCCUAAUGUUGAGGCACGUAUAGAAAUUCUAAAAAUUCAUAGUAGAAAAAUGAACCUAAUGAGAGGAAUUGAUAUGGUAAAAAUUGCUACAGAUAUGAAUAAUUGCUCAGGAGCAGAAGUAAAAGCAGUAUGUACAGAAGCUGGGAUGUUUGCCUUAAGAGAGAGAAGAGUCCAUGUAACGCAGGAGGAUUUUGAAAUGGCUGUAGCGAAGGUUAUGAAGCAGGACGCAGAAAAAAAUUUCACCUUAAGGAAAUUAUGGAAAUAA